AUGACUUCCAAACUUGGAAUCGAUGUGGGAGGUACUUUCACCGACUUGCUCUGGCUAGCACCGACUGGGGAGACACUUCGCGCGAAAGUCCCCUCUACUCCUCAUGACCAGAGCAUAGGAGUCAAGAACGGAAUCGACAAACUCCGAGAGCUUGCCAAAGCAAAAGGCAAGGAUCUCCACUUCGAUGUUCUGAACCAUGGGUAUUUACCUACCAAUGCGAUUCUUGAAGGCAAAGGCGCCAAAGUCGCCCUGCUCACUACUGAGGGCUACAAAGACAUACUUCAGAUUCGCCGCUCACAAGUUCCAGGUGGUCUCGCCGGGUGGAUUGUGUGGCCCAAACCUGAGCCGUUAGCGCCACUCGAGCUUACCAUCGAAACUCCCGGACGCGUGAACACCAAGGGACUCGAGAUCAAGCCUUUCGACGCACCUCUUCUUCGCCAGCGCCUUCAAUCUCUCCUGAGAUACAAGCCGGAUGCGAUUACAGUCUCGCUGAUGAACUCCUUUGCUAAUGCAGCUCAUGAAGUAGAAGCUGCCGAGAUCUGCAAGGAGAUGUUCCCCGGAGUGCCCAUCUCAAUCAGUUCGCAGGUCUUACCAGAGCUUAUGGAAUAUGAAAGAACCUUGACCACCGUUGCCAACAGCUAUGUCAAGCCCAAAGUCGGAAUAUACCUCGAUAACUUUCAGAACAUGCUGGGCCAAGAUGUUGAUCUUCGAGUGCUUCGCUCAGAUGGAGGUCUUGCAAGCGUCGAUCUGGCGUCCCAAUUCCCAGUGAAUCUACUAGUUUCGGGCCCAAGUGGAGGGGUCGCUGGUGUGGCCAAUCUUAUAGCAAAGCAAACCGAGUUCAAGAACUUGUUGACGUUUGACAUGGGCGGGACAUCGACCGAUGUAGCGCUCAUAGAGAAUGGUGUUCCUCAUAUUUCAAGGAAUACCGUCGUUGGCGAUCUCACAGUCAAGUCCCCGAGUGUAGACGUCAGGACGGUGGGGGCUGGUGGAGGCUCUAUUGCCCGUGUCCCUGAACUCACGAAAGCUCUGCGUGUGGGGCCAGAGUCUGCAGGAGCUGUCCCAGGUCCUGCUUGCUAUUCUCGUGGUGGCGUGGAGCCCACCGUCUCCGACGCUAAUGCUGUCCUGGGUUAUUUACCUAGCACCUUGCUUGGAGGCGAUUUCAAGCUCGACAUCGAUGCAGCCAAGAAAGCUGUUAUGACCGUGGCUGACGCUUUGGGCAUUGGGCUCAUGGAGGCUGCAGAAGGCAUACUUCGGCUCGCGAACGAGAGCAUGCUUGGUGCUCUGCGUGUAGUCAGUAUCGAAAGUGGAUAUGAUCCCCGUGACUUCGCUUUAGUCGCAUUCGGUGGUGCUGGCCCCAUGCAUGCCUGUGCGCUUGGCCGUUUGCUGCAUUCCAAGCUCGUCAUCGUGCCACCCAGCCCAGGCGUGCUUUGCGCCUUCGGUGAUGCGACAACCACCUUGAGGCAUGAAACAUCAAUGACGUUCAUACGGAGGUUCAAUGAAGUCAAAAUUGAAGAGAUAUUGUCUGCUUUCAAAGGACUUGCUACUAAAGGGGCGGAGGUCCUUGAACAGCAGGGCAUCGAGCAUGCUCAUCAAGUCUUCGUCUAUGAAGCGGACGUUCGUUACAGUGGUCAGGCACUUACACUGCCAAUAUCUUUCCAGGUAUCCGAGCUGGAAAAGCAUGGGAUUACCGUGCUUGCGAGCCGCUUCGAGAGUCUGCACAAGCAACUAUUCACCUUCAUUCUUCCUGCCGCCAUGGAGAUUGUCAACUGCAGGGUCAAGACUGAAGAGAAGGCAGAGAAACUGGGCACACUGCCACUCCCUCGUGGUACCGGUGAACCAGUCACCGAGGCACUUAAGGAGAAGACUCAUAUCUAUUAUGCUGGUCAAGAGGUCAGUUUAUCUGCCAGUCAGACAGGGACAGUAAUCAAUGUUGAGGCUCUUCGCUAUGUUCAGUACACAGAUGUUCCUAUUUUCGAGCGGUCGCUUCUACGUGCCGGCGAUAAACUCGUGGGCCCUUGUAUCGUCACUGAGUUGGACUCUAAUACCCUCGUUACGCCUGAUUAUACAGGAGAAGUUGACCAGAUUGGUAAUAUACUUCUCCGUCCUACGACGUCAGCCGCAGCGAGUGGCUUUGAAGGCAGCGGUACCGUCGAGGAAGGUUUGGAUCCAAUAGUGAUUGACAUUAUCGAGAGUGCAUUGAGGAAUGCUCGUACCGAGAUGGACACCACUAUCAUACGGACGGCUAUGAGUCCUGCCAUCCGUGAACAGCGCGAUACCUUCCCAAUGAUUGCAAACGCAGAAGGGAAGAUGAUGGCUGGGCAAUUCGGAAGUUUCAUUCCGGCAUUCCUGAAGAACUACCAUGGGACGGUUGAGGAGGGCGACAUUUUUCUCACCAACGACCCAUAUUCAGUGGGCGGAAGUAUCUCACACUUGAAUGAUUAUCUGGUCAUCAUCCCGAUUUUCUUCGAAGGACAACAUAUCGCUUGGACUGCCGAUCUGGGCCACUUCAGUGAUGUCGGCGGGCGUGUCGCGGGCUCUCUCGGCAACAAGACUGUGGACAUCUUCGGUGAUGGUACACAGAUACCGAUCAUCAAGCUCUUCGAACGAGGGGUUCCCAAUACAGCCGUGUUCCAAAUCGCCUAUCGGAACUCUCGCCUGCCGCACUUCGUUGAGUCCGAUCUUCAGGCCUUGAUAGCAGCGUGUAGAACUGCUGGGACUAGGAUGCAAGACCUUUGUAGUCGUUUCGGAAUCGAUGUCUAUAACGCCGCCUUCGCCGCUCUUUUAGAUCGAAAUAAGCGCGCGAUUGGUAGCCUAAUCCUCUCCCAAAUACCAGAGGAAGGGGUUUACUUCGAGGAUUACAUCGACGAUGAUGGAUUCGGGUAUGGCCCGUGGAAAAUCGCCUGCAAGAUGUUCAGAAAGAAGGACGAGCACGGCGUCGACAAACUCGUUUUUGACUGGUCAGGAACGGACCCUCAGUCGGAUAGCUCAAUCAAUUUCCUCCUUUCCCCAGAGAUGUGGAAGAUGUUCGCCAAUAUCUACCUUGUCACUGUCUUUGAUCCGUCGAUUUUGGUCAAUGACGGCGCGAACGAUCUCAUGGAAGUUUACAUCCCAGAGGGCACGAUUCUUAACCCAAUUCGGCCCGCCGCUCUGUCGUGCAGGACUCACCUGCUUGGACGGGUCAUGGACAUGUUGACUGGCUUGUUUGGCCAGAAAGCCCCAGCGUUCUUGACUGCGGCCGGAUUCAGUGACAGUCCUCAUCUAUACUAUUCCGGCUAUGACGAGGAAGGCGAAUAUUACCUCCUGUACCAGAUCUCGACGGGAGGUAUUCCAGCACGGCCUGUGGGCGAUGGUCCUGAUGGUCAUAGUCUGUGGCCAAGCAUGCAAUCUGUCCCCAACGAAUUUUUGGAGCUCUAUUACCCCCUCAUCGUCGAGCGUUACGAGUCUAUCGAAGAUUCUGGUGGCCCCGGCUUUUACCGCGGUGGGAACGGCCUCAGAAUUCACUACCGGUUCCUGGCGCAUGGAGAGGUUGGGCUUCACGACGACAGAUGGUUGACGAAACCUUGGGGGGUGACCGGCGGAGAGCCUGGGAUGCGAUCUACCAAGACACUCGUCAAGGCUGAUGGUACCCGCAUCCCUUGCAGCAGCAAGGCGGAUGCCGUUAUUGUUGCACCUGGAGAUCUUCUAGAAUCCUGCACCUGGGGAGGUGGCGGAAAAGGAAACCCACUUGAGCGCGAUCCAGAGCUUGUCGCCCUAGAGGUCUCUCGCCGCCUUGUCACUGUCAACGGUGCGAGAUCUUAUGGAGUGGUCGUAAACGAUGACUUUACCGUUGACAAGGCGGCAACUGAGGCUCUCCGCGCUGAGAUGUCUGUUGUACGCGCGGCGUCAGGUGUCGACGAGAUGCUGUUCAACACCGGCGGCUCGUUGGAGGAGAUUAUUUCACGCUGUGAAGAGGAGACAGGCCUUCCUGCGCCCAUACAUCCAUCGACGAGACACUUGAAAGGCCCCAUGAUUAAACUGCCGCAUAUACAAGAGACUAUGAAGAAGUGGAAGGCAGCGGCAGUGGCCAAAUCUGCUGUAACUGGAAUCAAUGGAGUGAAGGUUUGAAGGUUUGAUAGUGUAGAAGAGCCUAUGUAUGUCACGGUAUCGACAGAGUCUGAAUCGG